CCUUAUAACCUCAGCCUGGAGGUCCUGCCGGGCGCCCCCGGGGAUCGGGACCCGUCCUCCUUGGCCCGCUGGCUCUGCCAGGCGCUGGUGGUGCGCGGGGUGGCCGCCGUCUUGGCUUUCCCGGCUUCCCGGCGGGAACUCCUUCAGCUCGACUUCGCUGCCUCUUUUCUGGAGAUCCCUUUCCUCAGCAUCGAGCGGGAGCCCGAGGAAGAGGAGGAGGAGGAAGAAGAGAAGGAGGAGAGCGAGGACACCCCCAUGCCCUUCAGGAUCCGGAACCCUUUCCACCUUUACGUGGACCGGCGUGGCCGCUUCGAGACCCUGCUGGACCUCCUGGCCAGCCUCUUCCGCGCCCACAGCUGGCACGACGCCACCCUGGUCCUCUGCCAGGCCUGGGACGCCUCUGGCUUCGUGGACCUGUGGACCAGCCACGGCGUGGUGGAGAAGACGGCGGUGGUGGACCUGAGCUCCCUGGAUCGGGCGGAGGUGCCUCGUUACCUUCGCCGCCAUUUGGAGGAAUACCGGGAGCUUCCCGGGCCGGCUGUCCUGUUUGGCUGCAGCCCUCGGCUCUCUCGGUUGGUUUUCCGGACCGCCAAGGAUCUGGGGGUGACCCAGGAGUUCCACUGGUUGCUGGGCGAACCCCAAAACGUGGCCGAGCUGCAGACGGAAGGCUUGCCCCUCGGGCUGUUGGCUUUCGGGGAGGUGGACCGGCCCACGGUGGAACAGCUGGUCCAGGACGCCACGGAACUGGUCUCCCGGGCCAUCGCUCAGGCCGUCCGUUUCCGGCCCGACUUGGCGCUCAUCCAGAACAUGGUGAACUGCAACGACAAGCACGUCUUUGGGGCCGAGUCGUCGGGGCGCUACCUCUCCCGGUUUUUAGCCAACACGUCCUUCUGGGGCCAAACGGGCGAGGUCUACGUCCACAACACUUCCCAUGUCCACACCUCCCACCACUACAAAGUCUGGAGCCUGCUGAGAGACUCGGUGGGCCAGCCCACGUGGGUGACGGUGGGCAGCUGGACGGGGGGCGAGAUGGAGAUUGAGGAGGGCACCUGGCCUCAGCACCUGCAACGCAAGCACACGGCAGAGGGUGGGGGCUUUUCCCGCAUGAAGCUGCGGGUGGUCACCUUGGUGGAGCACCCCUUUGUCUUCACCCGUGAGGUGGAUGACGAGGGCAACUGCCCAGCUGGUCAGCUGUGCCUGGACCCCCACACCAACGACUCCACAGUGCUGGACGCUCUGUUUGAGGUGCUCAGCUCGGAGAAUGGCUCCGUGCCGUUGGAGUACCGGAAGUGCUGCUACGGCUAUUGCAUCGACCUCCUGGAGAAGUUGGCCGAGGACCUCCCCUUUGAUUUCGAGCUCUACAUUGUCGGGGACGGGAAAUACGGGGCCUUGAAGAACGGCCGCUGGACGGGCCUGGUGGGGGACCUCUUGAGCGGCACAGCGCAUAUGGCGGUGACCUCCUUCAGCAUCAACUCGGCCCGUAGCCAGGUGAUCGACUUCACCAGCCCCUUCUUCUCCACCAGCUUGGGCAUCCUGGUCCGCAUCCGGGACACUGCCUCGCCCAUCGGGGCCUUCAUGUGGCCCCUGCACUGGACCAUGUGGGUGGGGAUCUUUGUGGCCCUCCACAUGACGGCCCUCUUCCUGACCUUGUACGAGUGGAAGAGCCCCUACGGGAUGACCCCGCAUGGCCGCAACCGCAUGAAGAUUUUCUCCUACUCCUCGGCGCUCAACCUCUGCUACGCCAUCCUCUUCGGGCGGACCGUCUCCAGCAAGACGCCCAAAUGCUGGACGGGGCGCUUCCUGAUGAACCUCUGGGCCAUCUUCUGCCUUCUGGUGCUCUCGAGUUACACGGCCAACUUGGCGGCGGUCAUGGUGGGCGAGAAGACCUUUGAGGAGCUCUCCGGCAUCCAUGACCCCAAGCUGCAUCACCCAUCCCAGGGCUUCCGAUUCGGGACGGUGUGGGAAAGCAGCGCCGAAGAAUACAUCAAGAAAAGCUUCCCAGACAUGCAUGAGUACAUGAGGAGGCUCAGCGUUCCCACCACGCCGGCCGGGGUCAAGAUGCUCAAGACCAACCCUCCCAAGCUGAAUGCGUUCAUCAUGGACAAAUCUUUGCUGGAUUACGAGGUCUCCAUCGAUUCAGACUGCAAGCUUCUGACCGUGGGGAAACCUUUUGCCAUUGAGGUAGCGGCCGCCCGAGGCAGUGCCCUGGCAGCCCCGAACGACAGAUCCGUCUCUGUCCCAGAGAAUAGGGAGGAGACACUGGAAACAGAGAAGGGGACAACAUCCGUAGGACGUUGGUGUGAGGCCGGGAGGACGCUGCAGAUGGGCAUUUACCACUUCUCCGGGCUUUUUGUGCUCCUCUGUAUCGGCCUCUGCGGCUCGUUGCUGACCUCUCUUGGAGAGCACAUUUUUUAUCGCCUCAUUCUGCCCCGCAUCCGACGGAAGAAAAAAUUCAAUUACUGGCUUCACACCAGCCAGAAAAUCCACCGGGCUUUGAACAUGGGCUUAGAAGAACAGAGGCUCAAAAAGUUAAAUUUGGAGAAAAGGUGUAACAUCCAGAAGAGUCAAGAACCCCCCGAACCACCUGAGGAUCAACCCGGUUGGAACAACUUGCGCCGAGCAGCAGUUCGGAAAGAGGACAAGAGGGUUCACUUCGAUAUUGAGAAUCUCCCGGACGAGACGCCAGAGGAUGAGUCGGAAGCCCCCGUCUGGCACUGCAUGAACGGCCAGGAUCCGCAACAGGAGGAUAAAGAAGCCAAAGAGAAAGAGCUGAAGGAACUGGAAGGCAAAAUUGAGGAGAUGCGGGAGCAGCUACGGGCCGCUCUCGUGCGGAAGAGCGAGCUUAUGGUCGCUCUCGGGCCGCCCCCGAAAGUCCCUCGGCUGCCUCCGGCGCUGAAAGCCAUGAUCAAAGAGAGUAACAAGGAGAGGUGAUGGAGCAGGGAGGCCGCCACCACGUCGGAUCGUUUGCGGUCGGGGCGGCAGACUUUGGAACAAUUAUUUCCAUCAGAGAAAUGGGGGGAAAAACACUCUCGGGGCCAGGGAUGUGGUGGCUCGUCUCCUCCUGCAACGAGGACCGUUGUCCCUCUGCAGAACGGCUGACCCUGUGCGGGUCUCCUGGACAAGAACAACGAAGUGGAUCGGACAGGAUUCAGGUCAACGUCCCCUCUUGGGCCAGACUAAAUUUGGGGUGGAAAGAGAGGGGGAGUGAGGCAGCUUGGCCCCCGAGCACACGCUUUACAUGUGGAAGGGCCCAGAUCCGGCACCCGGUGUCUCCAGCUAGUGUAUCACACAGCUGGAGAUUACGGGGAAAAAGAAGAAAAAAAGGAAAAACGAAUUCUCGCAGGACAGAACCGGUGAGAUAACCUUAUGGCUGGGCUCGGUGGAGGGUGGGUCCCUGUCUCUUAUUUCUGCCGGUGCUGAUGAGUGAACCUUGAGGCUAUGGAAGGUCACCCAUGGAUUCCAGCCAGCAAGCGAGGAGCUGCUGAGGACACAGGGCACAAUCCUGCUUGGGACUUAGCGGUUGCACGGCACGCUGUCAACCUAGGUUCCACCCUCACAGAUACAGAAAGGUUCGUCCAGGAACCUGGCAGACUUGGUGUGAGAGAAGAGUGAACCCAGGAGUGGACUGGAGUUCUGCUUUGACCAAGCAGCUCAGGUUGAGCACAGUUUUAAGUUUUGUCCUCACACCUCAGGUUUAGCAAAGUUUAGGGUUUUCUUUUCUUCCGGCUCUUGUUCCCUUUAACGGACGAAGCCAGGGCAUGGAGAGGUGGUCUGUCUGGGAGAGCCCGGUUUAGAUUUCACCGGUUCCAAGAUUUGGCCGGCGCUGGCGUAGCCGAGCACGGAUCAUGGAGCUCUGCUUCGUGUGAGCAACUCGAAUUCUGGAAAGCCCUUUCCGAAAAUGAGGUCGCCGGAGGGCCCCAGGCCGGCAAACCGCUUCGCUCGAAGAAGAUCAGUUCCUGAACGAGAGUCGCCUUCGUUAUCAUCUGCGGGAAACCAUAGA